GUGCUCUGAUUGGCCGGCGGGCUGGCUGGCUGGCCCUGGGAAAAGUGAAGUCUUCGCUGUCACCGCCGCUCAACUUUCCUCGCCGCUUUUGUUCCACGUCACGGUGCGCCUCCGCGAGAGACGUGCCCGGGGAAUAUUAACCAGAGUUACACCGGAAAAGUGUUCUUAAAAGGGGGGACCGGCUUGCGGCUGCCACUACCGGAGAUGGACAAGCUAACUCCGAGCUGACGGGUUAGCCUAAAAGCCAUAGGUCAAGAAUAGGAGCUAUGCUAACAGCUAACUAGCUUAGCAUCCCGUCGGCGAACCGAGGGGGUUUUCUUACAACCAAGCCCGGCCGCUGCUGCGUCUCCCCCGGCGGCCUUGUCGCGACACAGUCGGUGGAAGGAGAAAACGAGACGAUUCAACCAAAGCGGGUGAUCCGAACAGAAUGCUGUCGAACGCUCAGAACCAGCCGCUCUUCCCCAACCCGGCCGGGCAGCAGAACCCCGCCUUCCUGGGCCGACCCGGCUUGCAGAUCAAGCGGAACGCCAUCAUAGACGACUACAAGGUGACCAGUCAGGUUCUGGGGCUGGGCAUCAAUGGCAAGGUGCUGGAGAUCUUCCAGAGGAAGACCGGGGACAAGUACGCCUUAAAGAUGCUGCAGGAUUGUUCCAAAGCACGUAGAGAAGUGGAGCUCCAUUGGAGGGCUUCACCCUGUUCCAACAUUGUACGAAUUAUUGAUGUCUAUGAGAACCUCUAUCAAGGCCGAAAAUGUCUGCUUAUUGUCAUGGAAUGCAUGGAUGGCGGUGAGCUUUUUAGUCGAAUCCAGGACAGAGGCGACCAGGCCUUCACGGAGAGAGAGGCGUCUGACAUCAUGAAGAACAUCGGCGAGGCCAUCCAGUACCUGCAUGCAGUCAACAUUGCACAUCGAGAUGUCAAGCCGGAGAAUUUACUGUACUCCACGAAGAGGCCCUGCGCUUUGCUCAAACUCACAGACUUUGGCUUUGCCAAGGAGACCACGUCUCACAACUCUCUCGCGACGCCCUGCUACACGCCCUACUACGUUGCUCCAGAGGUUCUGGGCCCAGAAAAAUAUGACAAAUCAUGCGACAUGUGGUCAUUGGGGGUCAUCAUGUACAUCCUGCUGUGUGGGUACCCCCCUUUUUAUUCUGACCACGGUCUAGCCAUUUCUCCUGGGAUGAAGAAGAGGAUCAGGAUGGGCCAGUACGAGUUUCCUAAUCCCGAAUGGUCUGACGUAUCGGAAGAAGCCAAACAACUGAUUAAGACCCUCCUGAAGACGGAGCCCACCCAGAGGAUGACCAUCACAGAGUUCAUGAACCAUCCCUGGAUUAAUCAAUCGAUGGAGGUUCCCCAGACGCCGCUCCACACCAGCCGGGUGCUGAAGGAAGAGAAGGACGCCUGGGAGGAUGUGAAGGAGGAAAUGACGAGUGCCUUGGCCACCAUGAGGGUGGACUACGAGCAAAUAAAGAUAAAGACCAUCGAGGACUCCACCAACCCACUGCUGACCAAGAGGAGGAAGAAGGCCAAUAACGCCAUGGCCAAGCCUCAGUCCGCCGCCCACUGAACCACGUCCGCACCCGCACAGGUUGUAAAAAAAAAAAAAAAAGGAAGCAAUAAUUUGUCGACACGUGAGUUGCACUGCAUGGAUUUGUCUUUCUUUCUCAUGUUUUGUCAAGAGUGCUGUUUUUUGUUUUUUUUUAUCCCGCAAGCAUUUAAAACAACCUGACAGAGAGGUCCGUGGUCCCCGCUUUUACAGAAGGGACGUAAUUUCGCACAAGUGAGGAGACACACUCGAAAGAUCCUCUCCUCAGGUUUUGUUCUCGGCACACGGAGCGUAGCAACCCCUCGAAGGCCAAAGCUAGUGAAUAUGGGGGGAAAAAAAAGCGUUGAGGAACGCCGGAUGUCUGGAGCGGACAAGUGGAAUGUAAGGACUCACUCACGUGCUUUCUCACCUGCCUCGAAGAAAGUAGCAUCUUCACCUGGUAGCGUAAAAGAGACCCGACUGUAUUUUUUCACAGAUUUUAAUAGCAUUUUAGCACAGGCCUCUUUUUUUUGAUACAAAUGACUUUUAGAAAAACAAACCCUUUCCCAGAAUAAUGUUUUGUUGCUAUGCAGACGGUGUGUUAGCUUCAAGUACCGCUUGGACCUAUUUUUUUUUUUUUUUUUGGGUUGGUGUUGGCAUGUUUGCUCCGUGUAUUUGAGAGAUGGGUGCUGCAUGUGUUCAUGUGGGCAGAAGAACUCUCGGAACCAGAAGGACUAAAUGGUUCCCGGUCUGUGUUUUCUGCACAUUUUUCCUCGACGACAACAGCCUAGCCUCCCGGACUAAUCCGAAGUAGAAAGUACUAAAGAGCUUCCUGCGAGGCCCCGUGAAGCAACCACCAGCAAGCUGUCGUCACAAUCCCAGGACGCGGGCGACAGUUCUUCUCCGUAUUCAGGACUUUCUUCACGCUCAUCGCAUCUGUUUUGUUCCUUCAGUCGGCCACAUGUUCACCCACAAAUCGCACUGUAAAAAAAUAAUGUUUGAAUGUCUCCGAUCGUGUUCUUUUUCCACGUCCCUCCGAGCACAUUUUAGUAGCAGAUUUCUUUUUAUUUUUUCCUGUUCCGUCAUCUGCAGCUGCCAUAUUUUGUCUGCUCGCUCUUAAUUAAAAAAACAAACAAACAUGCAAAACAA